AUGUCUGAUUCCAUCGACCUCAAUUUGGACGCGCCGAGCGAUCUCCAAGACAUUCCGGACCUGGCGACUCAAUUGAUACCUCCUCCGGAAGGAACAUACCCUGACAAAGCAUCCCUACUCGCAGCAGUUCAAUCGCAUGGCAAGGCCAAUGGUUACAAUGUGGUCGUCAAAUCAUCAAGCACGCCUACAGAAAAGAAACCUGGUCGGACAGCCAAAGUAUGGCUGCGUUGUGACCGUGGAGGACACUAUCGUCCACGCAAUGGCCUGACUGAAGAAACACGCAAGCGGCGACGCACCUCCCGUCUGAUGGACUGCCCGUUCAUGCUCGUUGCAGCUGGAACUCCCGGCAUAUGGACUCUGACGGUCUUGAAUGCGACACAUAACCACGGACCAGUUGCCGAGAAGCCCCGGCAAGUAUCUCAGCAGAAGGUUCGAAAGGGCCAACUCCCGGCAGUCCCAUAUGACUGGCCUCAUGAUGCCACUUUCACACCUUACACGACAGCCCUGGUUCUAAUUGAUAUGCAGAAAGACUUUUGCGCUCCCGGUGGAUAUCUCGAGUACCAAGGAUAUGAUAUCACCGCUGCCCAAGUUCUUAUCCCCAAGCUUCAACGAUUGUUGCAUGCAUUCCGCUCCGGAGGAUUCCCCGUGUACCACACUCGCGAAGGACACCGGCCAGAUCUUUCUACCCUUUCCAGUCGGGAAAACUAUCGCUCUCGCAACAACAGCACCGGCCUGGGUAUCGGUUCCCCCGGCCCAAUGGGUCGCCUACUUAUUCGUGGUGAGAUGGGGCACGACACUGUAGAUGAGCUUUAUCCCCUUCCCGGUGAACCUGUUAUUGACAAGCCUGGUCGAGGGGCAUUCGCGCACACUGACUUCGAGCUCCUUUUGCGCAACAAAGGCGUCAAGAAUCUUGUUAUUGCCGGUGUGACCACUGAUGUAUGCGUGUCAACCACAAUGCGCGAGGCCAACGACCGCGGAUUCGACUGCGUGCUCCUGGAGGAUGGCUCCGCGGCAAGCGAGCCUGCCCUUCACACCGGAACCGUUGAGUCCGUCAAAAUGGAGGGCGGCAUUUUCGGCUCCAUUGCCAAAAUCGAUGAUGUAGUGAACGCUGUCGAGAACUUCAAAGCUGUCACCAUGAAGAAGCUGGCUCCUCAAAUGACCGUGUGA